AUGCGUUCUUGCACCCUGACUUUACUGCCCACGAGACAAAGAUUGCACUUUUACGCCCAGUUAGUAAACAUCUCCACUUCCUGUACCGCCGCUCAAGUUGCUGACUUUUCAUCAGAUGAUAACUCAACGGUGGUCUGCGAGUCGAUAAGCUACACUGACCUGCAGCAGAGGAUGCAGAAGCAUGCCACCUCAGGCAGCAUUACAAAAGCCCUGGAGACCCUGAAUUUCAUGAGGCAUAACGUGCCGGGAAAACCGACUGUUUACGACUAUAAUGCGAUGAUGGGUUGUUACUUCAAGUCGGGUAAUGUUUUGGUGAAUGAGGUGUUUGAGGUUUACAUUGGGAUGAAAAGGUUUGGGCCGACGCCGAAUUUAUUGACCUAUCACACUCUCUUGAAUGGGAUUAUGUCUGCCGGUGGGUUAAACGACGCAAUUUUGGUUGUUAAGGAAAUGAUAAAUUGUGGGUUGCUGCCUUCGUUUAAAGUUUUCUCGAAAUUGCUCAAGAAGCUGCUGCAAGCAGGGAGUGUAGAGGAUGCAACUUUAGUGUUCCAUAUUAUGUUUAGUUCCAACUUUUAUCCAAGUCAUUGUGAUACAAGUGCCUUGAUCCAGGGUCUUUGUAGUGAGGGGAUGGUCCAAAAGGCGUAUUUUGUCUUCUCGUUGUUUUCAGGUAAGGGACACUUUUGCAGAGGGUCUCUUUACAAUCCCAUACUAUGGAAUCUAUGUAAGUCUGACCAGACUUACACUGCUCUAUCAUUUUUCGGUUUGUUAGGAAAGAAGGGUUUCGUACACUGUGUGCAUUCAUACACUGCUUUGGUUUACGGUUUUAGUAAGGAAAAGCUCUGGGAUGAAGUUUUUCACUGCUUGAAUGUAAUGGAGAAUGUUGGUUGUAGGCCUAGUCUAGUAACUUAUACUGUAAUCAUUAAAUUUCUAUGUGAUGACGGUAAAGUUGAUGAAGCACUCAUCCUUUUAGGCAAGAUGGAGGAAGAAGGGUGUGAUCCUGAUCUGGUCACAUACAAUAUAAUUCUUCGUGAACUUAGUUAUCAAGGCAGGAUGGUUGAAAUUGAUGGCCUUCUUCGAGUUGCUGGUGAAAAGGGUUUGGUGGCUGAUGUGUACACUUAUGCUGCUUUGGCUGGAGGUCAGUUAAAAAGGGGCAAGGUGGAUUGUUCCAAUAAGAUGCUGUUCAAUGUUGUUAAGAAGGCCUGCUCUCUAGACGACGUUGCUUAUAAUAUAUACCUGCACUCCAUUUGCUGUGAUGGUAGUUCAAGAGAUGCUUUGUACCUGAUUCAGAGUUUGAUCAAGAAGGGUUUGUUUCGACCCACUAAUACAACUUACAAUGUGAUUCUAAAAGGGUUUUGUGAGGAGAAAAACAUGGAUGAGGCUCUAGAGUUGUUUUACCUUGCGAAGUUUCCUGAUAACGGGCCUGAUCUAAUUUCUUUCAACACGAUUUUGUCUGCUGCGUGUAAACUGGGAGAUUCAUCAGUGAUCAGGCAGAUUUUGGGGCGAAUGGAGUGCGAAAAAAUAAAUUGCGAUGUCACGAGCUUGACGUGUCUGAUUGAGUAUUAUUGUUCGACUGACAAUAUUUCCGAGUGCUUGAAGCUGGUGAAGUCCAUGGUGGUUAAGGGCCCUAGGCCUAACACAGUCACUUUGAACACCCUCCUUCUUGGGCUCUGCAAGAAGCGUAAACUCGAGAUGGCAUUAAAAAUGCUCGACUAUUUUAAAGAAAAUGGGAUAUCGCCCGAUACGGGUUCAUAUAAUAUUCUAAUGCGUGCCUCUGUACGUGUGGGCAAGAAUUAUCUUUUAUACGAGCUUUCAAAGGAGAUGUGUGGCAGGAAACUUAAACCGGAUGUCAGCACUCAUGGUUGCUUUAUAUAUGGAGCUUGCAGGGAAGGCAAGAUCCCACAUGCCCUUGAACAUCUAGACAUGAUGAGAGAUGAUGGAUUUGUUCCUGAUUUAUUUAUUUACAAGACGAUAAUGAAAGCGAUGUACAUGAGAGGGAUGUUUAGGGAGAUCAUGUAUUUGUUUAAAGUCAUGGCCAUGGAUGGCCAUUUGCCGAAUGAAAAUUCUUUUGAGAUCUUGAGAAGAGCAAAGAUGAAUGGUCGGAUGAAUGGCUCCUGCAACAUGCCUAACUGGAAGUGUGUGUAG